AUGUCACACUUUCCAACGAUCUUCGAGGGGAUAAAGAGUGAGAUAAGAGAGGAGGCAACAGAGGAGAAUUUGAGGCCUGGAGAAGAAAGAUUGGAAAGAAGAGAAUCCCACGAUCGAUAUGAAAUGGCAUCCAGAUCAUCCUCAGAAUCAGAGGUACCCGGCGAACACACAGAAUCUGCUUUCCCACCUCCAUAUGUGAGAUCUCGACUAGCAGGCUAUCUCGAAGCCGAACUUCGCGAUUUCCCCGGCGGAGACGAAAUCACAACCGAAAGCGUCCCUCAAUGGACCUGGCCUCGAUCAGCAUGUCGUCUUUGGAUUUUUCUCAUGGUUCUUCAGAAAUGCGAACGUGGUACUAUCAUCGCUUAUGAAACGGCACGCAAAUUCAAUGGAUUCGGACCAGCAUUGUACAUUAUGUUCAAAAGCGAGUGGCGUAGCUUGCUUCACGACAGUCCUGAGGACAGUAUGACGAUUUACUACCAUUUACUUGCGAUGAGGAAUGAAAAGGGGGCGAUAUCCCGAAAAUACAAAAAUCAAUACACAAUGGCGACUCAAGGUCCAAUAACCACUCCCCUAACCACUUUACUCGGUAUCAAACAUCCUAUAAUACUCGCCGGCAUGGCUCGUACAUCCGGCGGUCCACUUGCAGCUGCAGUCAGUAAUGCAGGUGGAUUGGGUUGUAUAGGAGGAUUAGGAUACACGCCUCAACAACUCCGCGAAAUAAUCCACUCCCUCAAAUCCAACCUAUCAGACCCCUCUCUCCCCUUUGGCGUCGAUCUUGCUCUCCCCAAAGUAGGCGAAGGCGCUCGCGCUACAAACCACGAUUAUACCCACGGCCAACUCGAUGCGCUUAUCGAUGUGACCAUCGAAGAAGGCGCACGACUUUUCAUUUCCGCCGUAGGGAUUCCGCCUCCACACGUCAUAAAACGAUUACACGAUGCGGGGAUCCUGGUGAUGAAUAUGGUUGGCGCUCCGAAACAUACUGUGAAAGCCUUGGAUGCGGGGGUUGAUAUCGUGUGUGCGCAGGGAGGAGAGGGCGGGGGUCAUACGGGGGAUAUACCGAAUAGCAUUUUGAUACCGGCGGUGGUGGAUGUGGCGCGGAAAUAUAAACCCGCGAUGUUGAAGGGGGAGACGGCGUUGGUUGUUGCGGCGGGAGGGAUUUAUAAUGGGAGGGGUUUGGCGAGUAGUUUGAUGCAGGGUGCGUGUGGAGUGUGGGUGGGAACGAGAUUUGUGGCGAGUGAGGAGGCGGGGUGUAGUAGGAUUCAUAAGGAAGAGGUGGUCAGUGCGAGGUUUGAGGAUACGUUGAGGACGUUGGUUGUGUCGGGGAGACCGUUGAGAGUUAAGAUGAACGAUUACAUACAAGCCUGGGAAUCCCAACCGGACAAAAUCAAAGAAUUAACUCGGAAAGGUAUCACGCCCCUCGAAUACGACAUGGAACAGGGAAAAGAUGUGGACAUUCCGCAUUUGAUGGGGGUGGUGGCGGGGGUUAUUGAGGAUAUCAAACCUGCGGGUGUCAUUGUGGAUGAGAUGGUUGGGGAGGCGGUGGACAUGUUGAGGAAGGCGGAUGGGUUUUUGAGUGCGGGGAAGAGUAAAUUGUGA